UAUUUUUUUUGUGUAUAAAAAGGAGUUUCCGAAGUGAGAAAAAAGUGAGUUUGCCGAAAGCAAGUGUCAAAUGAUGUUUGGUGUGCUUUUCUGCAUAUUUUUUGCUCUAUUCCAAGUCGAUUGUACUCGAGCAGAUCAAAUAUCGACUAAAAUUUAUAAUGGAGUUAAUGUUAAAACUGGAACAUAUCGUUUUAUGGUGUCAAUUCAAUCGAACGAAGUGCAUAUAUGCGGGGGUGCAAUUAUAAAUAAAUAUUAUGUUCUAACAGCUGCUCAUUGUUUCAUUGAGUAUGUAAUUAGUGAAAUAAAAAUAAAAGCAGGAACUACAAAUUUAAAUGCUUCCUCAUAUUAUCGCAAUGUUGAAGAAAUAAUUAGACAUGAUAAUUUUGAUAGUGAAGGAACUGCCGAAUAUGAUAUCGCUUUAGUCAGAGUAGAGACACCAUUUCCAUUAAAUGAUGAUUCAAUUCUUUUUAUUAAUUUACCAGAGCGUGAUGAUAAUUUAAAAGUUAAUCAACUAGUUCUUGUUGCUGGUUGGGGUAAUACUAUGGACGAAGAAAUUUCGUAUGAAUUGAAGCAGGUUUUACUUGUUGUAGCAGAUCAUAAGGAAUGCAAGAAGGCUUAUGGAAAUAAAGAAGUGUAUCAAUUUGAAAUUACUAAAAGGCAUUUUUGCGUUCAAAGUCCUUCAGGAAUACGUGGUCCAUGUGUUAGAGAUUCUGGCGGACCUGUGAUACGUUUACAGAAGAAAAAUAAAACAUCAGUUCCAGUUAUUUUGGGCAUUAUUUCAUGGGCAGAUACUAAUUAUUGUGGAGAUCCUAGAUAUCCGGAUGUUCUUACUAGAGUAUCGAAAUAUUUGGGUUGGAUAAAACGCAAUUCUGUUUAUUAAUUUUUAGAAAAUAUUAUUAUAUCAAUUAAAUUUUUUUAAAUUUUAUUUUCAAACUCUACGCUGAAAAAAAUG